AUGAAGGUCACAGUGUUAGGCGCGGCAGGAGGCAUAGGCCAGCCACUAUCUUUGCUACUUAAGCUGAACACAUCCAUUGACGUUUUAUCUCUGUACGAUAUUGUCAAUGCACAUGGGGUUGCUGCCGAUUUGUCACACAUUCCCACGAAAUCCUCUGUGGAAUCCUACCAGCCAACUUCCAAGACGGAUACGACGCAAUUGCAGCAAGCCCUGGUCGGAUCAGAUGUGGUGGUGAUUCCUGCAGGCAUCCCUAGAAAACCGGGUAUGACCAGAGACGAUCUGUUCAAGAUAAACGCGGGUAUAGUUGCCGGUCUGGUGAAUGCUAUCUCCAUACAUAGCCCAAAGGCCAGCGUUUGUAUCAUUUCCAAUCCCGUGAACUCCAUGGUGCCUUUGGCUGCCAAAAUACUGAAGCAGAAUGGCGUUUUUGAUCCCCGCAAGCUGUUCGGAGUCACCACAUUGGAUUUGCAAAGAUUUGAAACCUUCAGUGCGAAAUUGCUGGGUGUCUCAGAUCCUGAUCUACUCAAAGGCAGAAUCAGCGUUAUCGGAGGUCAUUCGGGCAACACGAUAGUACCCCUCUCACAUCUCUCGAACAACAUCUCUACCAAGUUCCAGCAGUUUGUUCCAGAACCAAAGGACUUGAUACACAGGGUUCAAUUUGGUGGAGAUGAGGUUGUGAAAGCCAAAGAGGGGCGUGGUUCCGCGACAUUGUCCAUGGCUGCUGCUGCCUAUAGGUUUAUACAGACGAUUAUUGAUCCCAGCACAAGACACUCCGGUAUAGUACCUGAAUCCACGUUUGUGAGUCUCAGGGGCAUUCAGGGAGGUGAUGCUCUUGCUGACCAUCUGGGUGUGGAGUUUUUUGCAAUACCUGUGCAAAUAGGACAAAACGGACAAGCUGAGAGGAUUGUGGAUCCGUUUGAACUGGAUUUCGUCAGUUCUGACGAGAAGAAACUCGUUGCCAUUGCAGUUAAGGAACUGAAGGGCAAUAUAGAAAAGGGUUUGAAUUUCAAAUACGAUGCAAAGCUGUAA